GGAAAGGAAAGAAGAACGCAUAAAAUAGCGUAGCGCCGGCGGAGGAACCCUAAACUUUGACACUGUUACUGUUACUGUUACACUGCCAUGGCCGAAGGUUCCGUAACGCUCGGGGCCAAGGCCUCUUCGCUCUCUUCCUCCUCCGUCUUCGCCGUCGCCACGUCCCGCGCUCAAGUGCGUAUCGACUCCACCGCGCUCGAUAGGCUCUCCUCGUCCAAGACCACUCCAACCACUUCCUUCAACCACCGCAUCACCGUCCCCGAUUUCCUAACCCUAUGCGAAUCCCGCGCCUUCCUCCUCGUCCUCCUCAACAACCUCCUCCUCGCCAAUGCCCCCUCCCGCAUUCCCCUCCUCAUUUCCCAAGCCCUAAAUCCAAACCCUCACGCAUUCCAAUUCGACGACGCAGACGUCACCGAGCACGAACUCCCAGCGCUCCACGCCGCCACGCGUUCCACGCUGCUCGCCGUCUCCGCCAUUAUCGACCACCACUCCGCCGCGCUCUCCGCCUUCGCAGACGUCGCCGCCGCGUUCUCGUGCGAGGCGCUCAAGGCCGACGUGACGCCUUUCAAUUUGAUGGAUUCCGGCGACGGACACGCCUCCAAGGAGGAGGGCGCCGUCGCCGCUGACCUGAGGGUUCUCCUCAAUGGAUACAAGUUGGUUGGCAAGAACAAGGUUCCCUCCGUUGCGAGGGUUCCCAAGGUUCACGGGAGUGUGAGGGAGUAUGCUAAAGCUGUGCACUCGAGGAUGCGUGUUGAGCUGAAUUCGGGGGUUAAGAGUGCUGUUGGGAGUGAGGAGGCUGUGGGCACUGUGCUACUGCCGUUGGCGGCGGCGCUGCGUGAACUCGGGGAGGGUAGUUUCGCGCGUGUGAAGCGUAAUUUGGAGAGUAUUGGUGGUGAUGUAUUGAAAUCCGGCAUUGGGGAAGUGUUUCGAAAAGAGUUUCCCUCUGAGGAUGGUUUGAGCAGUGGUUUUAAUAAGGCUGUGAACUUGUUUCUGGGAAAGGAGUAUGAUAAGUUUGCACACGAGGUCUUUGUGCUGCUUAGACUUGUGUGGAAAGUUGUGGCAUGGGAAGCUGUGACUGCGGUUGCGGUUCUUGAUGCUGCUGAGUUGAAUGAGGGGAUUCAAGGUGUUAAGGAAAAUGGAGAGAAACCGAAAGUAGAGGAUAAGAAGAAGAGGAAAGUUGUUUUGGGGAAAGGGACUAGUUCGAUAUUGGCCUUGUUCAAGGAGAGGUUACAGAGUGGAGGAAAGAUAGAUUUGCGGACUUGGGUGGCUGAUUUUGUAUCAUUUUUGGAUGUGGCUCAACCUGAGUUUAGCGAGUUUUUAUUGAAAGUAAAGGAUGUUGUAGAGAGCAAUGAAAGCAGGAGAUUACCCAAGAUUCCCAAGGGGACUCGUGAUUUUGCUAAAGAACAAAUGACAAUCAGAAAGAAAGCUUUUUCAAUAAUUGAAGAAGUUUUUGAGAGGCAUGGCGCCACUGCCUUAGAUACUCCUGUUUUUGAAUUGCGUGAAACUCUCAUGGGAAAAUAUGGAGAAGAUUCAAAGUUGAUUUAUGAUCUUGCUGACCAGGGUGGCGAGCUUCUUUCUUUGAGGUAUGACUUGACAGUUCCAUUUGCUAGGUUUGUCGCUAUGAAUGGUCUAGCAUCUUUCAAAAGGUACCAAAUAGCUAAGGUUUACAGACGGGACAACCCAUCUAAGGGAAGAUACCGUGAAUUUUAUCAAUGUGACUUUGAUAUAGCUGGUACUCCUACUUCAUAUGAAUAUAUGGGUCCAGACUUUGAGGUUGUCAGGAUUUUGACUGAACUACUUGAUGAGCUGAACAUUGGGGAAUAUGAGAUAAAGUUGAAUCAUAGAAAGUUAUUGGAUGGCAUGAUGGAAAUAUGUGGUGUACCUCCUGAGAAGUUUAGGACAAUAUGUUCAAGCAUUGACAAGUUAGACAAACAGUCUUUUCAACAAAUAAGAAAAGAAAUGGUGGAAGAAAAAGGAUUAACUGCAGAGACAGCUGACAGAAUUGAAACUUUUGUUAAAGAAAAAGGAUCCCCUUUAGCAUUAUUAUCUAAAUUUAAACAGGAGAACAGUGAUUUCUUAAAACAUGAUGGAGCUAAAGAUGCAUUGAAUGACCUGGAAGUUUUAUUUAUUGCUCUGGAGAAGUCAAAACGCAUUGAUAAAGUGGUGUUUGACUUGAGUCUUGCCAGGGGUCUGGAUUAUUAUACCGGAGUUAUAUUUGAAGCUGUUUUCAAAGGAGGCACUCAGGUUGGUUCAAUUGCUGCCGGUGGCCGUUAUGAUAACCUUAUAGGUAUGUUUGGUUCAAAGCCAGUGCCAGCAGUUGGUGUAAGUCUGGGAAUUGAGAGAGUAUUUGCCAUAAUGGAGCAACAACAGAAGGAUCAGAACCAGAUGGCACGGCCAACGAAGACAGAAGUCCUAGUGAGCAUAUUUGGGACUGACCUAACACUAGCUGCAGAGCUAGCGGGAGAACUGUGGGAUGCUGGGGUGAAAGCAGAGUACUUGGUUCAUAAAAGAAGACAGAAGCACUUCGAAUAUGCAAAAGAAUCAAGGAUUCCUUGGAUGGUAUUUGUUGGUGAACAGGAAAUAAAAGAAGGCGUGGUGCAAUUGAAAGAUCUCGAGGCCAAUAAUGAUAUAAACGUUCCUAGAGCAGAAUUUGUGGAGGAACUUCGGAGACGGUUACACCCUUAAGGCCCAUUAUAUGCUGGAGCCAACUUAGUAGUUCAACAUUCAUUUUAAAAUCAGAAUUGAAGGAGUAUAGGUUUUGAUGACGUUUGGGGUUUGUUUCAUGUCUAUUCUAUUUACGAAAGUUAAUUGAGGAAAUGGCAUAUUAUUAAGUUAUGAAUCUUACAAUCCUUACACUUACAGCGGCUCUUCACUUAAGAUUUAAAUUGAUGGUCGCUUUUAUCCCAUGCCUUCAUUACUUUUCA